CACGAAUCAGCUGCAGCGUCGCGUCGUCGCGCCAUCCCUUGAAACGCCGCAGACAGCGCGAGCGCCCCCUACGUCUCCCCUACUGACAUCCUGCUGAGACGCCGCGCACCAUGGCUCCCCUUAUCCUGCACAACGUCCCCGACGACGAGUGCUACAUUGGCGACGAUGGCGUCAAGCGCCCCUAUGCCAUGAUUUUCAACCAGCAAGAUGGUGCUCACACUACGACGACGCGAUCGAGACGAAACGCUCCAGAGUCGGGCUCCUUCGGCAAGUCCACGCGCCGCUCCCGCUCAAGAACUGGGACGCCCGCGCGCGGUGGCCCCCGGGAGAAUCCAACCCUUGCGGCCGCCGACAAGCUCUUCGGUGACUGGGUCUCCAACCAGACAUCCUCCUCGGCGACCCAGCGCAAGAGCAGUGGUGGUCAGCAACCAUCCCAGCAGCCGCAACCCGGCCAGGAUGACGACGCCGCGUCCGCCUCAGCCUCGGGCCCUCAGCGCGUCAUCAAGUCCCAUCCAGUCGAGAUGAUCCUCCGCGGAUACCGCUCCGCCACGCAACAAUACGCCGCCAUUGCGCACUAUGAGGCACUUGCCGGCGCCGUUCUCGAAGACUACCCGCGCGAGCCGCCUCCGUCUCAGCGUCGAUACAAAUCGGAGUUGCGUGAUCCGGCUUACACACGCCGCAGGGUGCUUUCUGUCGAGGAGCGCUCCAUGGUAAACCGCGCCGACGGCGGCGAGCACUGGGUCAAGGUCACGUUCGAGAGCGCAGAAGCAGCCUCUGCGGCCACAUACGCCAGUCCUCAGCGCGUCCUAGGACACCUCGUCCACGCAGAACCUUAUCGCGGCAUCCCUCCGGCACGGGACGAGGCUUGCCCUGAUGUCGAAGGGCUGGAGUCUGAACAUGGGCGGGCACAGAGCAUGCCAGCGAUGGCAACACCCCGUCGCAAGAGCACUGCCGGUAACGGCAUGCCCACCAUGUUCAACAGCCGCUUGCUCGAUCUCUCCCCUCCCGACUCCCGCACCUCGAGCCAAACCAUGGACACGGCCACCAUGUCUCCCUCGCACACCUCCUCAGCCACCGUCACCGACAACUAUGUCUCAUACCCGAACCUCGCCGCGUCCACGGCCGCCGAGCCCGUCCAGAUGGACCAGGACAGCGUUUUCUGCCAGCGAAUCCCUACCGCCAGACGCGCGCGCCUCCUCCCCGCCGAGCAGGCUCUCCUGCCGCAGCAAUCAGUCAUGCAGCGCUUCGCGGGCGCCGUGCCUCUGUUCAAAUGGUUCAGCGGCAGCAUGAUCGGCAACGAGGUACCGCGGUCCGAGACGGGCGAGUUUGACUGGGGUCGGGCGAGCCUCUACUGGAAGAUGAUAUGGUGGCUCGACGCGACGUUUGGGCUAUUCGGGGGCGACGUCUGCGCUGUGGACAAGGACGAGUAGACGCACGCAGUGUUCAGGAUGAGCAUUUCUACACGAAGAAGUUUUGCAUGCAAUGUGGAGCAUUUGACGAGCUUGACGAGGGAGUAUUCCGGCUGGUUGGGGUGUAUAAUUCGGGUUUGGUACAGAGACGCACAGACAGACAGACACACUCAUGGAUACGGCGUUGGAGGGGCGCAUCUACGACGGGCCGCAAGGGCUCGAGCCGAGCACGGCACUGGGAAGGCGGUCUUGAAGCGCAAAGAAUACUACUGACGCAUGUACAUGUGGGCGCGUUCAAUGACAGCAU